AUGACCUAACAAUUGACUACCAGUUUACAUUUAAUUUAUCAAAAAAAGAAGAUAGACAUUACACUCAGAUUAACUUCAGGAAUUCUCCAAUCAAAGCAGAUAUUGAUGCAGACUUUCUGAUUACUUGUUCUGUGAUGGCUAAAAUGAAUAUAACAGUAAGAACGGAAAAUUCUGAAGAAAAGCCCAUAUAUGAGAAUUACAACUGCACCACAGUCAGGUCAAAAUUUUCAAAGUCUUUAUAUAAAUUUGGAGUGGAAGAUAAUAUCACCCAAACAACUUUUUAUGUGUAUGUCUAUGAUUUUCAACCACCUCUGUGGAUCCAGAUAUCAUUUAGUCAGUAUCCCAAAUUGAAUUUGCAACAGUUCUUCAUCACAUUUUCUUCGUGCUUUUUACUUCUUUUGCUGGUUGCUGCAAUACUGUGGAAAAUAAAACAGCGUUAUGAUAUGUAUCGACGACGUCAGCGUCUCUUUGUUGAGAUGGAACAAAUGGCUUCACGUCCAUUUUCCCAAGUGCUACUAGAAUUAGAGAGAAGUAUAGAUUGUGAGAAUAAUUCUGAGGUGAAACGUAAAAAGCGUGACGCUCCUAGUCCCAUAGCUUUAGAACCAUGUAAUGGAAGUCGUGCGGCAGUGCUCAGUUUGUUGGUACGUUUGCCAACUGGUGGUGAUUCUUAUACUCCGAAAGGCCAAUCUGCAGGAUUGGCUAUUGCCAGCGCUCUAGUUACUUUGGGGAAUCCCAGAAAAAUGAGCUUAGAUCAAGUUAAAACUGAAUUGAAAGGUGGUAAAAUGAGAAAAUCACAAAGUCAACAUCCGGAUAGUUGUCUUUGAAUUUUUAUUACUAUGAAAAAAUCAUUUAAGAUUUGAAAUCUCCCAAAAUGCACUGUGUUGUUUGAGAUUGGUGAUAUUGUGAAAUAAUAUUUAUAUAGAGGAUGGCAAUAACUUUAAAAUUAUAAUUAAUAGUUUUACAUUCCCGAAAUAGGUAUUCCUUGAUUAAUUACCAUCCAGUUUCUAAUAUUUAACUACUUUUAUUCACUACUUUUUAUCUUUUUGUUCUGGAACAAAGUGAAAUCUUACCCAUAAUGAUGAAAUUGUGUCGAAAAGAUGAGAAUAUUUGUACACAACUUGAAGUUUGCAUACUGAAGAAUAAUUUCAAAUUUUUAGCUCGAAAAUAGUUCCUCUAUAUUAAUAAGCUGAGAGGAAAUAAAGUGGUCAUGCAUUGUACUAUCAUUGCAAUUUGUAAAACAAUUUUUUAAUUUGCUACCCGUGAUUACUUAUUUGAUUUUAUUUUUGUCCAGACUUACUUUUAUGAUCCGAUCUCCAAAAAAUUUUCAAGUUGAAUUAAAUCUACUUGAAAGUUUACUAUCUCAUUAUAUAGAAAAUUUCAACUAAUUUUUAUGGGACAUGUUCUCAAAGCUUACUGCCUUAAGAAAUUUUAAAGACGCAAUUUCUGUUUUUUGUUCCUUUCAAUAAUGAAAAUUGAUAUGACAUAUAUAAUGUCUGUUAUACAUCACAUGCCUUGAAUAUUCUUUUUUGGGUAGCAAAACGUAACUUUGAAUAAUAAUAAACGUCUUCAUUCAUCAUAUCAAUUACACAAAAAACAAACUUCAGAAAAUGGAAAAAAUGAUGAAUAGGCGAGGUUAGGCUUGGAAAGUUUAUCGAAAUAAAUUUCUUGAAAACCAUACCUGCAAAUGGAAUUUAGUUUCAGUUUGAAAAGGAAAAGAGCCAAUUUUUCAUAAUUUAUGCUAAAAGUUGAGCGAUUUGGAAAAAUAGAACUACAAAAAUAAAUUAUUUUUCUUCGUCAAUGUUUGUUUUCUACUUGAAGACACCUGAUAUACAUGUAUUACAAUACUAUAAACUUUAAAUGGAAAUGAAAGGCAGAGAUGAUUAUUUUAAAGGUGUUGAAAGAGUCUUUUGACAUUCCUGUAGAUAUGGUUUCUGAUGAAUUUCUAACCUAAUUAGCAUACUUCUUCACUUGUCAAGAAAAGGUGAAAAAAUAUUUUUUCUUCUCAAUCAUCAAUUUUCCAGUCUUAAGUACCAAUUUUUUUGAGUGCCAGUUUGCCUUUCUAUCUUUAUGAGUGCUUUCCAUGAAUUUUGUCAUUUUUCGUUGAAUGGGUUGGGUUGAAUGGUAACAUUUUGGUAACUAAACCACCAAUCACUUAGCGAUAAUUUUGCACCACCAAUUUAAAAAAUUCUAUUGACAGGUUUUACCAAAUAUUUAAAAAAUUAUCUACAUUUAUCUCAUUCCAUUACAACAUGCUUCUUGGUCACUCGAAAUUAUUACUUCAAAUGUUUUUUUAAGAAAUAUUAUGUAGUAUUUGAAAUCACUUCAUUUGAUGGUGCAUUUGA